AUGUCUAUCUCCGAAGAAGUUCCCUCGACUCCCCCCAACAUUUGUGACCCUUCUCCCACGGUAUCACAGUCUGCCCACAGGGAAUCCAGCCAAAUCCGAACCCCUGUUGUAAAGCCUGGCUAUGUCCGUACCAAUGGUGAUUCCCGUCGCGCUCUUGUUGCCCAUGUCCCACCCAACCAAACCCAAAUAUCAGCUCAGCGUGACAAUUGUAUCGAAGUUGAAAGCGACCCAGAAGUGGAAAAUGCACCCGAGAGCAACAGGAGCAGUGAUGAGUUAGUGCGGAAGAAAUCAAAAGCAAUAAAUCAUAUCACUCAAUCCUCCGCGCGCACCGGCCAAGAGGUCAUCAUCGACAUUGCGCAGGACUCGGACGAUGAAAAUCUGAAAGUUAGUGUUCAGCAAUAA